AUGAGGUAUACAGAGGCCAUUCAAACUUUAUACAAUGCAGAACUCUACGAAGAAGUAGUGUUUCUACAUGAGCUCGAUAGCAAUACAACUGGGCUCACUGUGAAACAGGAGUAUAUGUACAAUGUUUAUAUUGCAGAUUCGUAUUCAUAUUUAGAACAGUAUAAGCAUGGCAUAAGACAUUAUGAGCUUGCGACGCUGUUAUAUUUUCGAAUAUCUCGUGGAGUUAUCACAAAGAAUUUCGCGGAGAGCGAUGUUCGUUACCGGUAUCACAAAUGUUUAUUGAAGGAAAAUAGACAUGAAGAUGCUUUAGAUGUGCUAUUGAAAGUUCCUACAGAAGCUUUGACACCCAAAAUUUGUUCAGCGAUCGCUAAAAUGUUGCACGCAAAAGAAAAAGUAAUUCUAGAAAAAAAUAUGGCCGUCAAAUACAUGAGAAGUAUAAUCGAAUCAUGCCCAAUGGCAUAUAAAACUCUAGACGAGUUGGUUCGUGCAGGAAUCAAAAUUGAUUUUGAACUUGAUAGGAACUUCAGAAAUACUAGUGCUUUAAUUAGAGCGCACAAAAGUAUUUAUGAAAAUGAUAUAGUAUCAGCUGUAAGAACUCUAACUACAGAAGGUGCAGGAAUGAAUAGAACAAUAUGUAUUGAGUUAGGAAAGCUAUUUUAUAUGGUGGGCAUGAGAAAUGAUGCAAGAUCUGAGCUAGCAAAGGCACAUGCUAUUGACGAAGAUAAAGCGGACGGAAUGGAUAUUUUAGCAUAUAUAUAUUCAACGGAUUCAAAAACUCGAAAGUAUUUGGAAGGGCUUGCCCCCACUUUGAUAAGGAACUGUCCAAAUGCAGUAGAAACUUAUAUAGCGUUUGGGUAUUUAUCCAGAGCUUUAGGUGGAGCAAAACAUCUCUCCAGUGCGCUGCAGUUUUCUUAUAAAGCCUGCAAUAUUAAACUAUUCGGUGGCCGAACGCACAGCGGGGCAAUGUUGCUGAAAGCUCUGGUACUAAAAGAUAUGGAUAGAUAUGCAGACGCCAUAACUCAUUUGAAGGAAGCCAUUCAAGACGAUCCACUAAAUUUCGACUUGUACGAUACAAUUAUAUCUUUUUUCCUGCAAGAGAAUAGUUAUGAAGAAGCACGUACCAUCCUCACCGGUUGUUCUGUUUACCAUGGUAGCGAUCCUCGUGUACAUGUUUUAGAGGCGAAACUUUUGAUGAAGAGAGGAGUUUACGAAGAUAAAAAGGAAGCUCAAAGAAUGUUGGAAAGAAUUGUUGCCAAGCAUCCUUUCCUUCUUGACGCAGCAAUCGUUCUUAUGGAAUAUUAUGAAGCUACAAACAACUUUACUAAAGGCAUCGAAAUGCUCAAUAAACUGACGAAUACUAAGUUUCCCUAUAGUUCCUUGGCGAUGAUUCAUCAUCUUCUGGGGGAAUUUUAUGUGAAAUCCGAUAAACCACUAGAAGCAUACAAUCAUUUUAACUUGGCAAUCAUUAAUGGGCACACAGAUAGUAUCAACGAACUUGAGUUGAUUAAUAAUGCUUUGGCUCAAUCAGGUGGCAUACAACCUAAACAAAGCACUGUUAUUCCUAGGGCGCCUCCAACUUCCCCUCAUUCGAAUCUAUUGCCGAUUCCCUUCAAUUUAUCUUCAAAUUCUCCAGAUCCAUCUCUGUCUAAUCAAGAAAUUAUGGAUGAAGAUCCUCCGCAAAUUUAG